UCUGUUCGUUCGCCUCUGAAACUACACCAACUGCGGCCGCACAAACGUCAGGCCUGGGAGAGGAGUUCGUGCUCCAAAAGAUUCGCGCUUGGCCACUUUUUUGUACUCCACAUCCACUCAGCUCCCUAGCGACCCCCCGCUUCGUGUGUUGUUUUCUUCUUCUUUUUCUCCCCGAAAAGGCUAGACGGCGGCUUCGAGAGCUCACUCGUCGCCGGCGGCCGGCGACGGAAGUGUGCUCUGAAACAGGAUUUUUCCACCAUUUUAUUGACAAAGAAAGAAAAAAAGAAGGCUAAUGGCGAGAAGCAUUGAUUCAGAUUAUAUUGACUUCUCACAUAUGGGUGGAUUUGACAUGGGCAUCGAUUUUAACGGAUUUGAGGAAAAUGUGAAAAAGUUCAUGGAGCUCCCGAUCAAGUAUCUUGAUUCGGCUCAUGAUAAGGCUGUCGAAUUCAUUGAAGAUGUUCAUGCAAUAUUUUAUGGUCCCUUUACUGAUCAUGAGGUGCCAAAUAACGAUCAAUCCAAUUGCUAUGUUAUCACUGAAUCUUCGCCAACAUCAAUUGAAAAGGAGCUAGUUGGACCAAACAUUGAACCCUCAACUCCUGCAUCCUUCAUUACCAUGGAGAACAGUUCUACUGGCUGUGAUACUGAUCAAACCGAAUCAUUUUCAACAAAAAGUACAGGUUUAUCCUUGAUGAAUCAUGUGUACCCAGAAAAUAAUUCAUCUGAAGGAGCUCAUAUCGAAUCAAAUGAUCAGUGUAUUUUGCCUGAGAACAUCUCAACAACUAGAAUAUAUGACAGCUCUGAGGAAGUCAUUUUAUGGAAUCCAGUGACUUCUGUAAAACCACAGCGAUCACAUGAACUUACCACCAUACCUCAAGAUGAUCAUGCACUUCAUGCUUUGGAAACAGAAGAGACAGAGCAAGUUGGAUUCAACUGUUGUGGACAUUCAGAUUCUUCUGUUUGUAGUGGAGUAAUACCAGUAGAAAAUUCUUGUGCAAAUUAUGAAGAGCAAAUGGUAUUACACAGUACAAACGACCCUGUUGGAGUAACAGUGCAUGGAACUUGCAUUUCACAUGACUCGAGCACAAGUGUGUCCAGCUGUGCUGAUGAUCCAAGUAUGUUGACUGAUAACAUGGUUAAUUUUGUGGAUGUAGACCUAAGGCAUGGUCAGAAGCACAUGAAAAAUGACAAAAUUGAGGUGUACCCAGUCCAUCAACGAGAAAACGCAUCAUUUAAGAAAAUGUUUUUGAGGAACCUGUCGAGGAAACUCCGGUGGUCAAAGAAGCAGGCAGAUACGAAUCAGGCCAUGACAUUUGGAUCACAGGACGCAGAAAAUCUUGGACGAUAUCAACUGGUUUCUUCAUCGGAUGAUCUAGAGGAUGGUUGGGAGGUCUUGUAAACCGCACAUGUUUUGUUUCAGCUCUUAUUUACAGACAUAUGAGAUGUCGCAUGUGCAGCACAUCCAUCGGCAUAAAUGUAAAUUCUAGUUGAGGCUAUGUGAAGCAGUUUAGAUUAUCUUUGAGACCUUAAAUGCAUGUAGACAUGAAAAUAAGGCAUACGUACUAUAUAUAUGUAGUCCUCUUCUCACUGGUAGAAGUGGUGGCCAAUUUUUUUUCCCCAUAAUGUGGAAAGCACACAAAUUUUGGUAAUGUUUACCAAUUUGCCAUACUGUGUAAAAUGCAUAUAAAACUGAGGCCUUGUUUAGUUCGUGAUUUUUUUUU